GCGGGGCUAGUGGAAAGCUUCAGCCUUUUCCCGGAGUCUCGCGAGAGAGCGGACUACUAGCAGCGGUCGGGUAGGGUGAGUGAGUGGUUCAGAAAAGGUUAACGCCUUCAGUCCUGAGUGCCUGCCAGGUUAACUUCCAUGGCCCCGCAGAAGUGGACGUCAGCUGUUCAAGGGGCUUGGCUGGCUACCACAGUUCGUGACCGGUAGCCACCUUCCUUUCCCCGUACUGUGCCCAGCCUAUCGUGCAUUAUCUUCAAGAACCGAGGAGAAAAAUGCGCCAGCUUCUGGGAAGGGAGGCAAAGACUUCAGUCGGGCGUGGUGGCGCACGCCUUUAAUCCCAGCACUCGAGAGUCAGAGUUCCCAGGGCGUUCUGUCCUAUGUAUGCCCUCUCACUGCUAUAAACUCGAUCCAUUCAGCGUUUCCUCUCAACAAUCUGCAAGGCAGCUUCAGGCUGAAGUAUAUAUAUGCAGAGUUGAAAACCGGGUUAGUGUCAAAGGCUGUCUUCUCAUCUUCUCUCCACUUCCAUGAGGACUUGUCACACCGAAGGCAGGCAUGAAGUAUCCUCGUAUUUGUAGACUCAGGAACGGAACCGGGAUGCCUCUUUUAUGCUGUCAUCACCCGGAUGAGGCAAUUGCUGUAGGCACGGACACUGACCUCAUGCAGUGUUUUCUGAGGUGACAGAUGGACGCCUUCAAGUCAGUCUCACGCAGGUGGAAGGGCCAGUCGCCCAGCCCCUCCCCUUCACCUUAAUGAGUCAGUGUUUGGAGUCUGAUUGUUUGACAGGUCCUUUGAGUCACUGACCAUCCUUGGCAUUUGUUUACCUUCUCAAACUAUGAUUCUGUUUUUCCUGGUGUUUUGGGGAAGAACUCAUCCCAUCAUUUCGGACCAGAGUGCCAGGUUACAUUCCAGGCUGCCAAGCUCACGCCCUCCUUCCCCGCCCUCUUCCCUCCAGCUUAUAUGCUACCACGCGGAGAGCCCCUCGCUCGCCCCACCCGUAGCAAGAACCGCGGGGCUAGGGAAAAGCAACUUAGCGACGGGGGAUAAAAUAAGAGUUGUCUCUUUAAGAGUGCUGGAGCUUAUUAAAGGGUUGAGGCCGCAGCCAGAUCGAAGUCUCGGGAGAACUGCCACCGCCUCAACGUCUCGCGAUGUUUGGCUGCGCGAAGGGCCGCCAUCUUGACGCUCGGCCCGCCGCAGGUUGUCCUGGCGGCGUCUCCGGGUCGGUUCCUGGGACCAAAACUGGCUCCUCCGGCGUGUGGCCGGUGGACGGCCGGACAGACGCGAUGUGGCGGCUCCGCUGCAAGGCCAAGGGUGGCACCCAUGUUUUGCAGGGGCUGUCCAGCCGGACCCGGUUGCAGGAACUUCAGAGCCACAUUGCCGCCAUCACCGGCAUCGCUCCGGGCAGUCAGCGAAUCCUCGUUGGAUUCCCGCCCGAGUGCUUGGAUCUCAGCGACGGGAACACCACCCUGGGGGACCUGCCCAUCCAGUCAGGCGACAUGCUGAUUGUUGAAGAAGACCAAACCAGACCCAAAACUUCACCUGCAUUUUCAAACCAUGGUGCUCCUAGUUAUGUCAGGGAAACUUUGCCUGUGCUUACCAGAUUCUCCGUCCCAGCAGACAACUCUUGCCUCUUUACCAGUGUGUACUAUGUCGUUGAAGGAGGAGUCUUGAAUCCAGCCUGUGCCCCUGAGAUGAGACGACUCAUAGCACAAAUUGUAGCAAGCGAUCCAGACUUCUAUAGUGAGGCCAUACUGGGAAAAACAAACCAAGAGUACUGUGAGUGGAUCAAAAGGGAUGAUACUUGGGGAGGAGCAAUUGAAAUAUCCAUUUUGUCUAAGUUCUAUCAAUGUGAAAUAUGUGUAGUAGAUACACAGACAGUAAGAAUUGAUCGUUUCGGGGAAGAUGCAGGAUAUACCAAAAGGGUUCUGCUUAUCUAUGAUGGCAUCCACUAUGAUCCACUUCAGCAUAACUUCCCUGACCCAGAUACCCCUCCUCUGACCAUUUUCUCCUCUAAUGAUGAUAUUGUUCUUGUACAAGCACUGGAGUUAGCAGAUGAAGCUAGAAGAAAGAGACAGUUUACUGAUGUGAACCGCUUCACCCUGAGAUGCAUGGUGUGCCAGAAGGGGUUAACUGGACAAGCGGAGGCAAGGGACCACGCCAAGGAGACGGGCCACACCAACUUUGGAGAAGUGUGAUCUGUUGGUGAUGAGGGUUGGAGCCUACUACCUCACAGAUCCAGAAGGCUCUGGGUUUUCCAAUAAGCUAUUCGUAACCCUACAGGACAAGACACAAUGCUUGAACCAUCCUUUUAACUUAAACCAUUUUAGUAUGACACUGAAAUUCCUUGUUAAGAUUAAAAUUAGUGUGCAAGUUUACAGAUGUGUGUCUACAGUGAUGACAAGCCCUUGCUCUGCUAGUGUGAUGGGAUAGGUGGUCUUUGCCACCUGCUGACACUAACCUGAAGACUGACUUGUAGUAUUAUAAACCUGCACCCAGCAGCUUUCACUUGUAGAAGAAAACAUUUUAGGUAAUGUGGAAGGCUUUGUAUAAGGCCGUUGGACAUAUGCCACAGUGUCUCCAGUAGCUGAUUCCUUUUAAUAACUGUGAGUUAGUAGUUUCUAAAUUAUGAAUUGAUUUCAUCAAAUGAAGAUAAAAUUGUCAAAAUGAUUUUAUAUUGCAAGUUGGUAAACUUUAUAAAUGUGUAUCUAACCACUUCUAAGUGCAUCAGAAAAGCAAUUUGUACAAGGAUGAGUCUGUUCCUGGAGAAUGUUAUCUAACACAGGAAUUGAUAGGGUCCUGUUGAAGAUUCCUAGUGUACAAAAGUAGAAUGUAUAAGGGAAAAGGUGCCUGAAGCAGCUUGCUGAAGCUUUAAAAGACUGUUGGCCUCAUGUUUUAACACAAUUCAUGUAUUGGUUUUGUCACAUUAGAUAAAACUAAGCAGGGUGUGUUUUUUAAAUUGAAAUUUGACUGGUUCUUUUGCUUUUUUACAUACAGAUUUGUCUGGAGGGAUUUCAUUUCCUAGGCUUUCUGUUUGUUCCUCCAAAAAAAAAAUCUCAUCCAAGUGAUAAUGCUGUACUUUGGUUAGUUCUUAAACACCUUUUGUAUAGUGUAUGCUGGCUAUAUCCCUCCACAAAGGCUCUUUGACUAGUCCGCAUCUCUGCAAGUUAAUACAUCUCUAACCUGCAGUCUUUUAGUUGGUCUUUCCCUUUGUAAGUAAUUGGUGUAGUGCUGUUGAAUGGAUUUGCUUCACUUCCAAACGAUGAAAGUUUUAUAAUUCUUGCCUUAUUGAGCUUUCUCAGAAUUCUGCUUCCUAGUAUCACCAUUUGCUUGGUGGCUCAAGGAAUACCCUCUAAAAGCUUAGCUUCACUACAAGAUCUUCCAGAUAAAGUUUUCUACCUCUUUUCUUAAUUAUUCUGAAGAUCAGGGAUGAUAAAUUCUACUUGUUAUGUAUUUUCUCAUACAUUGUGGAGAAGUAUAUUGUUAGGAAAUUUUCUUUGUUCUUUUUUUUAAUAAGUUCCUCCCAGUUGGGCAUCCAAUAGCAUAUUUUAAAGCACUUCAGUCUUUCCACAAAUGUAAAAUUAAAGUUAACCCAUAGCACUUUUUGCUUGGGGGAGGGGGGAAACCAUUAAGGUGAACAAUUGUAUGCUUCAAAUCAUCCAGUGACGUUUUUGGGGGGAAGGCAGAGAGACAGGAUCUCCCUAUGUAGCCCUGGCUAGCCUGGAAUUUGCUACAUAGACCAGACUGGCCUUGAAGUGAGCCUCCUGCCUUUCUGCCUCUUGAGUGCUGAGAUUACAGAUGUGGGCCACCACUCCUGGCCAGUUGACAUUUCUUGAGUAUCUUUUGUACUCACAGCCUCUGUAGGCAAUGUCAGUCAUUAUGGUCAGUAUAAAUUGAAAGCAUUUAAUUUUCUUUUUUACUGAGCCUUAAAGAUAACACUGGUGAUCUUAGGACAGUGGCAACUGUCCGUAUUACAUGUAUGAAUGAAUAUUGUAUGAAAUUGUCUACAUUCCCAUCUAUCAUCUGCUGUAGGUGGUUUUUAAACUCUUACUUCCCUAAGAAACUAUUAAAUUUAAAGUAUACGUUGAGAAUGUAAUUCGGGAUAAUGCCUAUCAAAUUACGCUUUCUGCAUCAUUAUUCAGAAACUUUGUCUUCCUUGCCACUUCAUGCAGCCAAAUUGGACAUUUGCUUUCUGGAAUCUUGGGUCCAAAAGUUUGUGUAACAAAUAUUUAUUAAAUAGUUGCAAUAUGCCAGACAUGUUUUGAUGUUUUUAACCAUAAAUCUCUGUCACUUUAAAAUUGAGUAUGUGUUGUCUACAGUGAAUUGAUUUAGCAAAGGGGGAAAAAGAACUUUGGUAUUUUAAAAAAUUGAACCCUUAAUUGUAAAUGUUUUUUUUUUUUUUUUUUUUUGUAAUUUUUAGGGGCUUAUAUCUUACUCUUGUUUUCUUUUCCCUUACUAUUAUCUUUUACCUGGGCCAUCUGUUCACCAGGUAGAAACUGAUAGUCAAGUGGCUUUCCACAAUGGCUUUCCAAAAAAUUUUUAUUUAUUCACAUGCUGAAUCUCUUAAGUUUGCUGACAAUUUUCAUACAUGUACGUAUUUUGAUCAUGAUUUCCUCCCACUACCUUCUUUAGUCCUCUCUUCCCCAUCCUACUUCCACUGAACCUCUUCUUUCUAACUAGUCCCUCUUCUAUUUUGAUGUUUUUGUUCAUUUUUGCCCUCCAUCAUACAUGAUGGACUGUCAACAGUGACUUUUGAAUCAUUUGCUGAUAUUCAGUACUGGUACUUUUAUUAGUCUUGUUCUGAUCAUGGAAGAUUAAAGAUGAAGCAUUGUUUGUAGAACAUUUAGCUAUUAAGGAUUAAAAACCUAAACUUAAGCUCAUUCUAAACUGAAGGUGGUAUAUGCUUCACCGAAUCUAGUGAGUUUUUUGUUAGUUUUUUUUUAACGUGUAUGUAUGUGUACUUAUUAAGCUCUUGAAGUACUUAUUUAAAAUGUGAGUAAAUUCUCACUUUAAGAAUUUUGAAAAGCCAGUGGAUUUAGUGCUUGUAGCAGGGUUAAAGGAAAUGUCCUAAGUUUGCACUGGAGCAGAAUGAAACCCUCUUUCCUAUUGAUUCAAGUUACUUAUCUGUCAUACAGAAAUUUCUUUUUAAGUUACAAUGAGGACAAUUUAACAUUAUUGGCAGAAUAAAAAUUGUGCUUUCCUACCCACCCCUCCUCUUCCUUUGCCUUAUUCUUCUCUGGAUUUAAAAAUUAGGUGGAAUACUAUGAAGAUGCCCUCCUAGAUUGUUAUUUCAAAAGUCAGUAUCCCUGAGAAUCAUGUGAUCUGACAGCCAUUAGCCAUAUGAAGACAUCAGGAUGUUACUUUUGCUAGUGGUUCAUGGCUGAUUCUUCAGUGCUUUCCAUGAACUAGAAAUGGGCAUAGUCAAGUGUAACCUUUGAUGCUUGGCUGCUGGUCAACCUGACCCUGUUAAGAACUAACACCAUCAUACCAUUUGAAUAUUCCAUUAAGUUCAAGUCCCAGUAAAGUCAGAAUCAGAAAUUAAUGAACAUCACCUACAUAUUCCCCUAAGUGCCCACUGCUAACUUAACAGCUUCUGUCUUGUGUAGAGAUUAAAGCAUGGUGUUGUAAGUUGCCCUCUUGUUUCUUUUUGGAAAAAUUACAGUGAGUAGUAUGUAAAGUUAAGCAAUAGAGUGAUCCCCCCCCUUUUUUAUAAGUCAGGUGGCCUUCUAAACUUCCAUAUAUUAAGAAUUAUGUUCAUUCAUGUGUUGAGACACAUUUGCAGCACUUUAAAAAAUAGUGAAUAAAAGUUUACAUAGCCUAUAAGGAUCUUACUGAGAAAAGUGCAGCUCUUAACCCGCUGUUGCCAUCAGUGUUGCUGAAGCUAGUGGUGCAAGCUAAUGUUUGGAUAGCAGUAGAAUUCAUCAGUUAACUACUGAGAGCAAGGUCUGUGCCCUAGCAUAAGAAAUGUUACUUCUGUAAUGUGAUUGUCCUUUGUCAGCAAUUUUACAGUUCAGUAUUCAAAUUUGCCUUUGUACCAUUAUGAUAAUUUUUAGAGUAGCUUCAUAAAGCUCUUAAUUUCUAAGCAAGCUUAUUUUAAGGAAACAUUUAGGAACAUUUUAAGUCCAAAGUGAAACACUUGGUUUGAAUAAGCUAGUUUAUUAGCAAAACUCAUUUUGUUUUUAUUAUGUGCUAGGACAAGUGCCCUCACUGAGCUGCAGCCCCAGCUCUGGGAUGUUUUCCUACUUAGUGCUAUAUCAAUACAUUUCAUUCACUCAGUACAGAUGAACCUGACUGUGAGAAGGUGUUUUGAUUUUUUUUCUCAAAAAUUGGUUUACAAUGCUUUAUAUAUUUGACUUGGAAAAAAAGUAUUACAUUGAUACUGAAUUGUGAGGUGCUGACUUAAUUCACAUGUAUUCAAGGAAGAUUGAUAGCCUUUACAAUGUAUUUUAGAGUGAAAAGAGGAAGAGAUGGGAGAAUAAAGAGCCAUGAAAAAGGAAGGGAUUAUCUAAUGGAUGUAUUCUAGUCAUAAAGUAUGCUUUUUAAAAAAUUGUUCAAAUAAUGCCUUUGUUACCCCAACCCCUUUCUUUUCAUUUCCUAGUAUAGAAUAUAUUGGCUGUACGUUGUCAUUACCACUUAAUAUAUAAGCAUCUUGCUAUU